AUGAGAGAAAAACCCAUUUACAUCAAUGGUUUUCACAAGGCUGAAUCAAGUUCCCUGUGGAAAUGGAAGGGAAUCGAUUUCCAAACCAGCAAGUCCGAGAACAAGCUCUAUGCCGUGCCUGAAUUCUUCUACGAAAGCGGCCGGAGGACAGAGGAGGCCGUCUUGGGUCCCGGUGUCGGCGCCGGAAUCGGCUGCGGCGUCGGCCUGGGGCUGGGAGUAGUGGGCGGAGCGGGGCUCGGCGGGUGGGGGUGGAACCAUCUGAGUAUGGUGUUUGGGAUUGGAAUUGGAUGCGGCGUAGGUGUUGGAGUCGGGUACGGGCAGGGCGUUGGGGGUGGGUUCAGCUUAGAGUCUCUCAGAUCUCAUCUCUUCAACCCCAAACCCAAAUCUAAGAAGAAGCGGGUCAAGGUUCAGAUCUGA